AUGAUUCAUAGCAUGAACGUGGGCCAUUCAUACAGUGACCGCAAGACCCGGAUAUUUCCAUAUUCUGAACCAGGAGAGUAUGACGAUAAAUAUGACUUGAUGUCGACUGCAAACGCACAUAUGCGGCCAUCAACGUACGGCCUUAGUGGUCCAGGCCUGAAUGGUCCUCAUCUUGACUAUCUCGGGUGGUUACCACAGAACCGAAUGGUCUAUUUUGGACGAGAUGGUCGUAACAACUACACUUUACGGUUGUCAUCGCUUUCUGUACCACAUCGUCUGACAAUCGGAUGGCUCUUGGUCAUGAUCCCAUAUGAUCGCGACGAUCCAGGCAACGUCUAUACCGUCGAAUAUCGCACUCCAGUCGGUAACGAUGCUGCCAUCAGACAAGGAGCUGUUGUGAUUCAUAAAGUGCAUCGAGUGGGUAACUCGUACUAUUCAACGUUGGUGACCCAUGAACGUGGAGAAUAUAACGAGCUCACCUUGGGCACUGAAUGGCUCAAAUUUCUCGACAUUGCUGCUGAUGGAUCGUUCCAGUAUAUACGGGUUAAGGUAAGAUUAGAGAAAACAUUCGGUCAAAAUGAAUGUAAGGUUGGUCGCAUAUGGAGAGGAAUCGAUGCCUAUGAUUAUGUCUGUGUUGAGCCUCACCGGGCCGAUGAAGUUGUAGACAGCGUGGUUUCCAUCGACGAUGUCGAUGCUGGAUGUGAUGUGGACUACGUUCACAGGAAUGCUUUUCAGGGAGACAAGGCGUGCGUAAGUGAGGACGAACGGGCCCUUGUUCACAAGGAGAACGCCGAAUCUCAUCUGAACCUUAGGAAUUAUGCAUUUUUCAAUGGAGCCGAUUCAUACGAAGCCCAUACAUCAACAUAUCGUCUUUGUGGAUUAUGCAAAGUGUUUACCGAAAUUGUACGAUUUGGUUUGUCGCAUAAUGUGAUCAGCAAUAUAAUGCUUUCUCGGGUGGACUCGGUGGAGAAUUUCACGGAUCUCACAAUUGGUGUUGGAACAAAUGUCGAAAGAGUUAUUGUUCUUCUGGCUGACUACUUUCCUUUGUUGAAGAACGUGCGUAUGAGUGAAGACCAAUACGAUACACUGGUUGGGCUUACAAAUCGAUUUCUUAUGGCAUUGGACUACAAGUUGAGAACAAGCACAGGAGAAGGUCUACGUGAGCACCUGAAACCGUGCAAGCACAGUAGGAGGAGAUUGAAGUAA